GAACGAUGCAAUCUGAAAAAGAGGCUCCAUAUUUUGGAAUGUAUGGAAAUAAUUACUUGAGUCCAAGAUAUAUUGUUACCUCUCCAACUCCAACUUGCUUGGUAGAAAGCGGACAUCCAGAAUAUUCAAAUUCUACCUUCAACUCUCCGGGGUCUUCCAAUGAAAGUCAACGACCAAAUUAUUAUCAAAUUCAACCACCAUCGCCCGGAGAGAUGGUCAUUGUUCGCACGACUACAGUAACCCGCAACACAACAUCAAUUACACCAGUUUCUUCAACUUUUUGAUAAGUCUUUGUUAGAAAUAUUAAAAAAUAAAUUAUUUCAGUUU